UCCCUCAUGGCGUCCAUGUUGAAUGCAUUCAGUCUUUAGUCGUUUGUCAAACUUUAUCAUUCUUUAGCUUUAUUGAUAUACUAUUACGACAAACAUGACUUCAUUUGAAAGCCCAAAAAUGAAGGAAGAAGAUGAUAUCAGUGCUACGAUAAGCAGCUUGAGAAAAGACGUAGAAAACGGGCGAGAAGGACGAGGGCGCGAAGACAGCUUCGAAGGUGGCAGGGACAGACCAAGAGACCGUGAUCGGGAUCGUGAUAGAGGAAGAGAUCGUGACAGAGAUCGAGAUAGGGACCGUGACAGAGAUCGUGAUAGGGAUCGUGGUGAACGAAGGAGGAGAGAUCGGUCCAGGAGUCGAAGCAGGGAUAGAAAUGAUCGAAGGCACCCUUCAGAUAGAGAUAGAGGUAGAGAAAGGCCUAGAAGAGAUAGACACAGAUCACCAUCACCAAAAAGAGAUACAAAUAUUGAAAAAAGAAAACGAGAGACGUUAUGGGAUAUUCCUCCAGUGGGAUUUGAGAAUGUGACACCGAUGGAGUACAAACAAAUGAGAGCAUCUGGAGCUAUCCCCAUGGCACCAACUGUUCCUGGCACUGUACCAAUACCUAGUGCUGCUGUGCCAGGUAUACCAGCACCAACACCUGCCCAGGCAGCAAUCACAGCUGCUACGUUAGCUAGUCUUCCACACAGUCAAAUGACUCGACAAGCCAGACGUCUGUAUGUCGGCAAUAUUCCAUUUGGAAUAACAGAGGAGCUUCAGAACUUGAUGAUAGAAUUCUUUAAUGCUAAAAUGCAUGAAGCCAAACUAAAUACAGCACCAGGGAAUCCAGUUAUUGCUGCACAGAUCAACACAGAACAGAACUUUGCUUUCAUUGAGCUUCGUUCUGUGGAGGAAACCACCCAAGCAAUGGCAUUUGAUGGCAUCAUUUUACAGGGUCAAGCCUUGAAAAUAAGAAGACCAAAAGACUAUCAGCCUAUUCCAGGAAUGUCAGAAACUGCUUCAGUUCAUGUUCCAGGUGUUGUAUCAACAGUUGUGCCUGAUUCAGCCCACAAGAUAUUUAUUGGUGGUUUACCUAACUAUCUCAAUGAAGAUCAGGUCAAAGAGUUAUUGGCAUCAUUUGGUGACCUCCGAGCAUUUAACCUUGUUAAAGACAGUGCUACAGGAUUAUCUAAGGGCUAUGCAUUCUGUGAAUACGUGGAGAUUGGAAUAACAGAUGUUGCUAUUCAAGGACUGAAUGGAAUGCAACUAGGAGAAAAGAAGUUGAUUGUACAGAGAGCAAGUGUAGGUGCCAAACAGAACAUCAACAAUCCUCAAGCCAUCAACAUGCUUCCAGCUCAGUUCCAGAUUCCAGGGCUUGACAUUAAUGCAGCAACUCAAAUUGGACACCAGAUGACAGAGGUUAUUCAACUGAUGAACAUGGUCACCCCAGAAGAACUCUGUGAUGAUGAAGAAUUUGAAGAAAUCUUUGAUGACGUAAGAGAAGAGUGUAGCAAGUAUGGCCGUGUUGUAAGCAUGGAGAUACCCAGACCAGUAGAAGGAGAAGAGCCUCCAGGUUGUGGCAAGAUCUUCGUAGAGUUUGCAUCUAUAGAUGAUGCUGCAGCUGCUUCACAAGCCCUUGGAGGAAGGAAGUUUGCCAACAGAGUAGUAGUUACAUCAUACUACAGUCCUGAGGAAUACCAUAAGAAGAUAUUUUAUUGAUAAUCCUAGUUAUCGAUAAAUCUUGUCAAUAUGAUAGCAAUGACAGUGUAGAUCGUGUUAUUGGCAUUUCCUUGCAAUUCUUUUGUUUUUACCAAGUACCAUUGUUAAUCGCACUAUGUGCCCUUGUAUAGUGCACUUGUUAGUGUGAAGUCAUUAAACCCAUGAAAUAGAUAUUAGAUUAAUACACAUUAGUAGACACUAAUUCCAUUGUUUUCUUUUGUCUAUUUGACUAUUACACAUUGGCUAGUAUAUUUUUUUCAUGGGUUAAAUGACUUCACUCUAUUGUAGUAGCAUUGACAGUUUAGCUGAUUCUGUCAGAAUUUGUUUCUGCAUGCUAUUCAUGAUAGUUCUAUCCAGACAACUCCAGAUAUAUUUUGUCAUCUGUCUAUAACCUUUACACAGGGCUUAAAAUAACAGCCGUUCAGUCACUGGUCAUGAUCACAUGCCAAAUUAGUUUAUCUUAGUCAUACAUCACUUCUGGCUCACAUUACUGGCCAAGAUGACCAGCAAGGUAAAGAUUUGACUGGGCAAGCCCCAGUUCUGAUGGGACGUUGUCCAAUGUCAUGCUGUUAUUUUAAGUCCAGCUGACACCUAUAUGAAUUAAUGUUUGGUGCAAGUGAAACAGGAGAAGCCUUGGACUUGCAGACUGGAGGAAACAGAUACAAAUCUUUCAAAUAUGGCUGUGCUUAAUAUGGUUUUUAGAAGACAUUUCUGUCAUGAUGGGAGCUGUGUUUUUUUAAUAUUAUAAAAACUAGGCAGUAUACAAUUUGGUUGCCUAGCAUUGUUUGAUACAUACAUAGUUCCUUGUCUGUUACUUUUGGUUCUUUCAAACUGAUGUAAAACUAAGGUUUUACACAAAAUUAAUUUACUGAACGCUUCAUUUGUUUCUUUUUAUUUUGCUCUUUUCUUCAUGAUUUAAUUAUUCGAUGUGCCAAGUUGCUUAAAAUGGAGAGAAGAAAAGAAAGAGAUGGAAGAUGAAAUAAAAACUUCCUCUUUUCUUGUUGUUACUGCAUUGUACAGAAUUGAAUAAAUGUUGAACCAAUAUC